GGUGUAAUGACAAGAACAGUUGUAAAAAACCAAAUUGGAGAAAAUUUUCAGAAGUAAAAACACUGAAGAAGGUGACAGUUGGUCCCCGAAAUACGUAUUUGUUUAAAUUAGAUACUUUUAGCCAAUAAAACGGAAAAAUAUCUUUGAAGGCAAUCUUGCCUUUCAUAUCUGAAUGCAGCAUGUCAGCCCGCUAAAUGUAUAUUUAACACUAAGUAGACUAGUUGCAGGGAAAAGCUUUAUAUUUCUACUUUUCUUAAUUGAUACACUACGUAUAUGUGUAUGUACACAUGUAGGUCCUUAUUUCAUUUUCGGCGAACAUUUAAACCGAAUAUUGCAAAUGAUUCCAUACGAAUAAGCUGUCUUGACUGAAGCCGGUUCACUUUUCCGUUGUGGGGCAGGGCAGUGAUUUCGCGAAUUCAAUUGGGGUUAUCUCAUUAAUUAAUUCCCACGAUAACGUUGUCGGCGUGGAUAUCGAUAAUUCAUAAAAUUCACGGCAAGUUCAAGUUUUUCCUGGUGGAAAAUUCUGUGCAAGUGUUGCUGUGAGCAGUGCAUGCGAUACUGCGAGGAGCCGAAUCGCAAAGCGGAGCUGAUAGAACACGUUGCAUGACUCGUACAUGCAUGUAAUCUGUUGGAGUCGGGAAUGACGACUCGGUCACUCACGAGCGAAUCGUGGCAUUCGAAAUGCAACAAACGACAGAAAAAGGAAAACAUUGGCGAGUCAGGGUGCCCCCUGUCCCUCCGACUGCGCUCCCGCUCGGUGCAUCUGGAACAUGGGAGCGGGUUCGAACCAGGAGGCAGAGCGCGGAUGCACUUGCAAAUCGCAAUCGCCGGGGCCGAGCAGCAGCGAGUCCGCGCUCGACUCUGGUUCGGAUAAUUGCAUCCAAGUCCGUGCAGUUGCAUCGGCCGCGGCUAAAUUUAGGGUUCUGAUCUGUGCGAAUCUGCGAAUCUCUAGAUCGCCUAGAGCAUAGGAAUUGCAGUUGAAAAUUGAAAAUUCUAAAGUCGAACAAAAGACGGACUGCUGUGCUGAAAGUGUCGCGUAUCUGUAAACGGCGGUUUAGAUCUUCAGUUGCGUGGGAAUGGUGUCUUUCGAGAAAUUGAUUUUCAUUCCGAUAAAUUUACCGCGGUUUCGUCACUAGCCCGUCGUGAUAAGUGAAAUCUCAUGCAAAAUUCGCUAAAUCGCCAGAAGAAGAGGAAAUAAAUGACCAAGUGAACCCGGUGAAUGUGUGAAUUAUAAUAAGACUCAAUAUUUACUAAACAAUAAGUAAUCGAGAUAGUCAACGCGGAACCAGUGCACAGUGUGUGUUACAGCUUCGUUUCCGAAACAAAGUCCUCUUGUUCUGUGUCUCUGUGGUCGUUGAAUGGUAUCUGAAGAUAAUUGGAACGACGUCAUGUCCGACUCGGACUUAUUGGAUUCAAAGAACGACGUUUGCGGCGGUGCAUCCAGCUCAAGUUCGAGUUCCAUCUCACCGCGAACUCCGCCAAAUUGCGCACGUUGUCGAAACCAUGGUCUGAAGAUCGCUCUCAAGGGCCACAAGCGAUAUUGCAGAUUUCGUUUCUGCAAUUGCGAGAAAUGUUGCCUAACAGCAGAACGACAACGUGUGAUGGCGUUACAAACAGCCUUGCGGCGGGCUCAAGCCCAGGAUGAAGCUCGAGCCUUGACAGUGGGCGAGAUUCCACCCAUCGCACAUCAACCGUCACCCUCAAUGGUACGCAGUACUAACACCAAUCAGAUACAUCAGGGACCGAAGAGCCCAGCAGAUGAUCCUCAGUCAUCAGUCCCGACACCUACACGGUCAAUAGAAGGAUCUUGCGACUCUUCGUCCGCAUCACCUUGCUCAACUUCAGGAGUCCCGAUUCCUGUUCCAGCCAGUAGAAAGCUUACACCCCUUCAUCCAAGCAGUGCAAAUGUACCAACCGAACCUAGAUCAGAAGUCACAUUAGAUUAUUGUCAAAAAUUAUUAGAGAUAUUUCAUUACCCUUGGGAAAUGAUGCCAUUAAUGUAUGUGAUAUUAAAAGAUGCUGGAGCGGAUAUAGAUGUAGCAUCCCGACGAAUCGAGGAAGCACACCUUUUCUUCAAAGCAUUGAAGGAAUACGAAGAGACCAGACAGAUGCACCAAAGACUUCUUAGUACGUCAUCCUAUUGUUACUAUUGGUUUUAUCCUGAUAUGGCCGUAUCAUCGCAUUCUUAUCCGGGAUAUUUAUCUGAGGACUCACCAAUACCACCACACUUACGACCGAAUCCAACGAUACGAUCGCCCACCACACCACCACGACCCGUAAGUCGAGAAAGACCUGCCAGUUGCUUGACAGAAGCUUCUACGUAGCAACUCCGCGCUCAUCUAGUUACUGUGAACAUCUCACUAAUACAUUGGGCUGCUAUUUAAAAACAUGGUUGUGGAGAUCGUAUGGGUCGCAAAGAAUUAGGCUGAUUUUUAAAAUAGAACUCAUAAUAUUACACUUUCCGGCAUUUGAAUAAUAUAUAACUAGUGUAUUCAUUAACCAUAUUGCUUCAAUCGAACUCACUGUAAAAAUGCUUUAAACACUUUGACCAUUUUUCAAAAAUUCAAUAAAUACUUCAACCAAAAUUUCUGGAUGUAAGAAAAAAAUCUUAAUUCAGAUAAGUCUGAGAUAGCUGUUUGGAAAUUUACAAUCCUAUUAUAAUACAAUUUUCAAAAAAGAAAAAGUGGUGCUGUUCGGUGCAUACAUUUUAGAAGUAACAAUUGCAUAUUUGAUUGAGAACAAUAUGAAAUUUAACAAAAUGUGUAUAAAAUUGUAUUCCAAAGAUAAUGAAUACGUCCAUAAUCCGUCACUUGAAUUUUACAACUGUAACUAUUGUAUUCCUGUCCAUUAGAAAAAAAACAGAAGUAUUUGUAUUAACGAAAAGCUGGGAACAUCUCUUUUAUAAAAUUACAAAUGACUAAUGACCUAACACCAAAGUCAUUGCAUAUUGAUAUUGUUUUUAUUAAGUUUGAAUAAUUUAUUUCCAAUCAAAUCUGUUUAUUAUAAUGGUUCGUAUGUAGGACUAAAGGCUCGUUUUUUAUUCAAAUGUAAAGACACAUUUUUAAAUAAAUUACUUAAGUGUAUCGAGUUAAAUUGAAAAGUAAUCGAAAAAUUUACUUUUUGAAAGAAUUAGGUGUUAAAUCUAAAAUAGAAAACUUGCAUGCUAAAUAUUUUCUAGAUACAGUGAGGGAAUAUAUUCUGUUUCUGUGGUAGAUGGAAAAAUCUGCUGUCUCAAUGCCAACUGAAAUACUUCAGACAAUUCUGAGAUGAUUUUUUAAUUUAUGUUAUUACAGCGAACGGUUGCCUCUUAAUAUUUGCAAUAUUCAAAUCCGCUAAAGUUUCCUUACGCGUGUGUUACUAUAUUUCCAAUUUUAGUGAAGUAACAAGAACAUAUUGUCGUGAAACAGUAACUUGGCUUAGAUAUGAUGGUUGGCAUUGGCACAACUAUGACCCACCUGAAGAUUGAUAUACCAAAUGCUAUGGCAGUGAAGCCACUUCAGUGGUACUUUUAAAAAAAAAUGUUGGUACGAGGCAUGUCCUUCCGCAAUUUUGCGCGAAUAUAUGUAGUUGAACGGGCUACGCAGGAGCAUUUUCCAACACCUGUCGGCACCGUACCAAAUAAUCAACGAAUUUACUAUAACUCUAUUGCAGAUAAUUAAGUACCUUAUUUAUAGAAGAAGCGUAUGUGAAGAUUACAGAUGAAGUAGAAAUGUUACGAGUGUAGUUUUUAUAAGUUAAAAUUUAUCAAUAAGAAAAUGGCAUAGACAUUUGUGCUGGUGAUCGCAACUAAAUAUCUUUUACAAAAUCACUUUGUUAACAUAAUUUUAUAAUGGCACUAAUCCACAAACAUAUGUAAGUCUUAAUUAAAGUAAGCAGUUAUUCAUUUGAAACGUAAAAUUAAGAGAUCUCAGAACGGAAAACAAAUCCACAACACUUACAAGGUAACUUGGAGUUUCUUAUAUAUUUUUGCAUAGUCGUUCUAUUACGAGUGCACAAAAGGUAAUUAUCGAAAUUGGUAGUUAAUACGAAGAGAAAGGUUCUACCUGAAUAUUUCAACAAACUGCAGUGUAUUCGUCCAAAAAAUGGCAGAACUAUGUAUUUUUCUUCCUAACACUUGUAAUAAUCAUUACACGGUACAAGAGUCAAAUGAAUAUAGAGCUACGAACUGGAUAAAAGUGUGUAAAUCAAUAUAUCUAAACAGGCAUACUUUCCAUAUAUUGAGCGCCAAAAUUUUUAUAACAAAUAACUUAAUCUAAUAAUGUUACAUUUUAAACUAUAUCAAAAUAGUAUGUGAAUGUGUGUAAAGAAUAAUUCUCUUCUUGAAAAUAGCAGUGUAGUUACACUGAGCAUGGAAAUAAUCACUCUAGAGCAAUUUAUAUCCCCAAAUAGAUGUUGAUGGAUCCACAAACGUGUUUAAUGUGAUAAUAAGAAAUCGAAUUUCAUGUUAGUGGAUUAGAAAUAAUCCUGGCAAGAUUUGAUCAGUUUCCUUUUCCUAAAAAUAAAUAAAGGUAUGAAUAACAAAA